CAGAAUUGCGUGCAAAUGCAAGUGGUCGCCAAGAGCCUGUUCCUGCAGCGCUUCCAGUUUCUCAACUGCGUCCUGGAGCAGCUGCGCGACAAGGUGCACGUGUUGCGGAGGCGCCAGCUGUCGCUGCGGGCCACCGCAGGCCUAGCUGCCUUUGUGGGAGUUUUGCACUGGAUACAUUUAGUAACACUCUUUGAAAACGAUCGUCACUUUUCUCACCUCUCAUCUUUGGAACGGGAGAUGACUUUUCGCACUGAAAUGGGACUUUAUUAUUCCUACUUCAAGACCAUUAUUGAAGCACCUUCGUUCUUGGAAGGACUGUGGACGAUUAUGAACGACAGGCUCACCGAAUAUCCCCUUGUAAUCAAUACCGUGAAACGCUUCCACCUGUAUCCGGAGGUGAUUCUGGCCUUCUUCUAUCGCACAUUUGUGGGAUUCAUGAAUUUAUUUGGGCUAGAAACUAAGACCUGCUGGAAUGUCACCAGAGUAGAACCUCUAAAUGAAAUUCAAAGCUGUGAAGGAGUGGGAGACCCUGCCUGCUUUUAUGUCGGUGUGAUUUUUAUUUUAAAUGGAGUAAUGAUGGCAAUGUUCUUCGUAUAUGGUGCGUAUCUGAGUGGGACUCAACUUGGAGGUCUAAUUACAGUAUUAUGCUACUUUUUCAACCAUGGAGAGGCCACGCGCGUGAUGUGGACACCUCCGCUCCGGGAGAGCUUCUCGUACCCGUUCCUCGUGCUGCAGAUGUUCGUGUUGACUCUGAUCCUCAGGACGUCUCACGGCAGUGGGAGGCACUUCGUCGCGCUCUGCCUCUCCAACGUCGCCUUCAUGCUCCCCUGGCAGUUCGCUCAGUUCAUACUUUUCACGCAGAUAGCCUCAUUAUUUCCCAUGUAUGUUGUGGGGUAUAUUGAGCCAAACAAAUUUAAGAAGAUCAUUUAUAUGAAUAUGGUUUCAGUUCUCCUUUGUUUUGUAUUAAUGUUUGGAAAUCCGAUGUAUUUAUCUUCUUAUUAUUCUUCAUCUUUGUUAAUGACAUGGGUGAUAAUUCUAAAGAGAAGUAAUAUUCAAAGAUUGGGAGUAUCUGAACUCAACUUCUGGCUAAUUCAAGGUUUUGGUUGGUUAUGUGGAACAAUCAUUUUGAAAUUUCUGACAUCUAAAAUCUUAGGCGUUUCAGACCAUAUUCGCCUGAGUGACCUCAUAACCGCAAGAAUCUUAAGGUAUACAGAUUUCGAUACCUUAAUUUACACCUGUGCUCCUGAAUUUGACUUUAUGGAAAAAGCGACUCCGUUGAGAUACAUAAAGACAUUAUUACUUCCACUUGUUAUGGUGAUUACUUAUUUCAUCUUAAAAAAGACUUUUCGUGAUGUUUUAUGUGUCUUAUCUACAAACACUUAUUUAAGAAAACAGCUCCUUGAACAGGGCGAGCUGAUUUUCCACACCUUGCAGCUGUUCGCAUUCACUGCUCUUGCCGUUUUAAUUAUGAGGCUGAAGCUGUUCCUGACGCCUCACAUGUGUGUGAUGGCUUCCCUGAUAUGCUCUCGGCGGCUCUUUGGCUGGCUUUUUUGCAGAAUUCGUUUUGAGAAUGUCAUCUUUGGCAUUCUAACGGUCAUGUCACUCCAAGGGUGUGCAAACCUCCAUAAUCAGUGGAGCAUACUAGGAGAAUUUAAUAAUUUGCCUCAGGAAGAACUGAUACAGUGGAUCAAAUACAAUACCAGACCAGAUGCCGUGUUCGCGGGCGCCAUGCCGACGAUGGCGAGCAUCAAGCUGUCCACGCUGCGCCCCAUCGUGAACCACCCGCACUACGAGGACGCGGACUUGAGGGCCCGGACAAAAAUAGUUUAUUCCGCAUAUAGUCGAAAAUCUGCAAAAGAAGUAAGGGAUAAAUUGUCGGAGUUACAUGUGAAUUACUACGUUUUAGAAGAGGCGUGGUGUGUCGUAAGAACUAAGCCUGGUUGCAGUAUGCUCGAAAUUUGGGACUUGGAAGACCCUUCCAACGCAGCUAAGCCCCCCUUAUGCAGCAUCUUGCUCAAGGAUGCUCGGCCUCACUUCACCACCGUGUUUCAGAACGGCAUGUACAGGGUGUUGAAGGUCGACUGAGGACACAGCCCGAUCAUACGGCGCGAAGAAGUGCAUUGGGAACCGUUGCUUUGGCUUAUUGGCGUUAAUAAAAAUCACAGC